CGCCCCACAGUAGAGGCGGGCAAGGUAGGUGGCUGAAUAUUGCGACUAGAACGUACGUGAGCUUGCCGAACGGUGUACAAGAAUCCGCCUGGAAGUGAUCUUGCAACAAGCGAACAUCAAGCAAGAACAUCUGCACCCUCGUAGAAACCCUACCAAACAAUGGAGCCUAGCAAAGACGAUGCACAGGCGAAGGCCGCAGGACAGCAAUUUGAUCACGCCCGGCCCUUGCCUAUGGAUAGGGAGUCUAUCGCAAGCUCUGCCGCUGUCUCUACCUCUCCUUUGCUUCAUGAUCGCGCUAGGAUCCUUCGGGGGUAGGAGUCUGAAACGGCUACUCCUGCGCGG